AUGCCUCGAAGACGGGCCGCAAAGGCCUUCACUGGAGCAGAUUUCAGUACUGAUGACGAGGACACUGCAAUUCCGGCUUUGGAGAAGCCCAACCUACCCAAAUUGAGGGGAACGCCUAGUUCCAGGCGGCAGUACACGUAUGGUUCAGACGCAGAGCCACAGGCUAGUCCUCGCUAUCGCCAUGAUGGGCCUGUUGAUCUUAGCAACGCCGUAAAGGGUGUUUUGAACCGCCAGCAUGAGGAUGAUCAGCGUUCUGCCAGGGCUCGCAUGCCUCCUCCCCCUCCACCAAAACCUGCCGUGGAUGACGGGGACCAGACCGACGAGCUGGCAGCCGAUCAUGUUCGGCCGGCAGCGGAACCAAAGGAACAAGACAAACAACGCCGUGCGGCAUCUAAAGGUUCCCGCUCUUAUUUACACUCAGAAGACACAGCUCCUCCGCAGCGCAAAGGCAUCACGAGUGCUCUAGAGCAGAAGACGCAAGUAACAGAUCCGACCGACGACUUGCGCAGCUUUGGGACGGAAAGCGACUAUUUCGUUGAUGCGACGAUAGUCUCGUCGCCUGGGAAUUUGCCUCCCAUUGGCAACUUCUCAAAAUCAGUCAACAGGCAGUCGCAGUCACUCCUGCCUGGGCGUCUACAGGGCGCACCACAACUAAGCUCAUCAGAAGAAUCAGAGGUACAGCCCGCCAGGGAGCCGCUUACCCGUAACCGUAUAUCGAAAGCACUCAGCACAAGCGAAAAGCUGAAGCCUCAAGCGUCGGCCACCGGGUCAUUGAGGAGAAGUCCGCGGAAAUCGAGAUUGGGUGCCGAAGUCACCUCACAGCCCCAGGAGGCGGAGACUCAGCAAGAAGACAUUAUAACGAAGGGCAAAGCAUUGCUUGGUCUUCGGAAAUCUCGAGUCACGUUUGCGAACGGCCACGCACGAGAGCAACAGUUUGCAUCCCAUCACAGUGAGCAGGAUGACGCAAUCCAGCAGGAGAUUGAAGCAAGUGAGGCAAGGUCUCAAAGUGCUGCUGCACCGAGCCCUUGGAGAGAUCGAUGGAUGAAGGUGCAACAGUUUUCGCCUUUCAGCGCAAGGGCUCGUCGCGCCCCAGCGGAGGAUAGCCAAACCGACGAGGAUGAGCAAGAAGAAGAGCCCGAAGCUCCGCGCGAUUUCCUAUUACCCGGCGAAGCAGGGAUCGAUUGGGCGCGUAUUCUGAACCCUGAGCCAUAUCUUCGGCCCAUUUUCAAGCUUCUUGACUCUAUCCUUGAUGCAUUGGCUGUGAUUCUUUCCACCAUCAAGCGGUAUAUCACCCGCAUAGCGGGCCAUAGAAACUCUAGCGGAGCGUCGCUUGUCUUCUUCGUCUUGGUGAUGGUCUUCUCCGCUAUAUUUGUUCCUUGGGAAGCAUUAUUGGCACGUGGAGGCGGCUUAAAAAUGUCGCCCACGUCGUGGAAUGUGGGAGAGAGCCUUGACUCCAUUGGCGGGUACAUCCGUUCGAUACCGUUGCCAUCCUGGCGAAAAGAUAAAUCAGGCCUUUGGGACCUGGGUGAGGGCCUCCACGAAGUUGAGGAUUACCUCAGGCAUUACCAGAAGGAAUUUGACUCUGUGAAGAAGACUGGGCUUCUUCAUGGCGACGCCAUCAAGAAGCUGCAAAACAUCGUGCCCUCCGUUGUACAUAUGGAGUUGAGAGACGGAAAGCCCGUAGUCUCUGAAGCAUUUUGGCAUGCGAUACGGGAUCUUGUUCGAGGUGACGAGAAUGUGUUGACAAUUGGUAAGGACACUGAUGGUGUUCCGCAUAUCAAAUCCGAUCGAAGGUGGCGGGCCAUUGCGGCCAAAUUGACAACAGACCCUGUCUUCCAAUCUAAACUCAACCUCAGCCUAAAGGGCGUUGAAGAUGCCAUCGACAAGAAAAUGACCAGCCAUUGGGAUGGCUGGAUCAAAGAAAAUGACAAAAGAGUACUGAGGGUGGUAGAUCCGCUUCUCAAGAAUCUCCCAACCCCUCCCUCUGACAUAGAGUUGGAUGCCCGUAUCCAGCAAGUGGUCCAAAAGCACCUCGGGAGCAGACAGCCGACCCAGGAAGGAGUUGUGGUGUCGAAGGAAGAAUUUCUUCGUCAUUUGAAGAGCGAGUUUGCAAACCAUCGAUCUGAGAUUCGAUCCGAGCUGGACGACCUGAGACCACGACUCGAGCAGCUUGUCAAGGAUACUGUGGCUGCUGCAAAUGAUGUUCAGCCUGCCCCCGAUACCAUGACUCGUGAAGAGAUAACCACCCUUGUUCACGGCCUUCUUCGCAACGCCCUCUCGGAAGCGAGCCUCGAGGCUCUGGCCAAUGGAAAGAUCCACGCCCAUUUUGAAGUAGAGUUGAAAAACGAGGUUAAUCACUUCGCUCAGGGUGCCGGAGCCACUAUCAACACGGGCCUAUCAUCAAAGACAUAUGACCCCAUGGGCCGUGGCGUCACAAGAGAUUAUUCCAGAGGCGUUAGAGGCCCUCUAGCUUAUCCACACGUUGCUGCCCUAGACACUUGGUUUGAGGAAGGCGACUGCUGGUGUGCUGCGCGUGAUGUCAAUCACCGAGGCAAUCCCCACGGUGUGACGUUGGCAAUUCAGCUCGGACGUCGAGUCAUUCCCCAGCACUUCGUCAUCGACCACAUUCUACCAGGAGCCACAACCGAACCAGGCGCCCGUCCUCGAGAAAUUGAAAUCUAUGCCGACAUAGAGGAAUCCACCAUCCGAGAGCGCGUACGCGAUUUCUCGGCUACACAUUUCCCUGACCCGACAGACUGGAACAGCCACCAGGCCAACCUGCCGGCAAGCUUCGUAAAGAUCGGCCGAUUCGUAUAUGAAGGAGCUGAGCUACAUGAUGGGACGCAACUUUACCGCCUCAGUGAGGAGUUGGUCCACUUGGGAGCUGCCACUGACCAAGUCGCCGUCAGGGCCAUCAGCAACUACGGCGCUCCCAACCACACCUGUUUCUAUCGACUGAGGCUGUUCGGCCAACAGGUGGAUGACUAG